UGUAAGCCCCCUCUGAUCUCUGUUUUGUCUUUCCCAAAGGAAUACAGAUACAGUGAGGAAGACCGGGAGUGAAGGAUUUAAAUGUGAGAAACGGUUAGUUAAUUAAAAGGCUGCUGGGGAUUUCCAUGUUUAGACCGUGCUGACUACGGCUCCAGGCUCUGCAGAACCCCUGAUCCCCCCCCUUCUACUGUUUUUAAGUAGUCCAACCGUUUCUAUCGCUAUUGUUCUGUCUCUCUUCUUGCUUUGUGCAAAAAGUUUGAACUCUGCUUGCUUUGGAUAUCCACCACUUUUUUACUCAAGGUACCAGGUCAUUACUCAGCUAGCACCUGCUGAACUACACCAUGCAGAGAACUCCACGCUCCGAUAAUAUAGCAUCUGAGCAGAAUCAUACGUCAUCUCAUAAAUUGGAGGCCCUUGGAUGCCAUGAGCAGCUGGAUCCAAAGGACAGCCAGGACUCCGAGGACCCUGGAGAAUACUGCUAUGGUGGAUACCACCCUGUCCAUAUAGGUGACACAUUCAACAGACGAUACCAGGUGGUGUCUAAGUUAGGAUGGGGCUAUUUCUCCACCGUCUGGCUCUGUCAGGACCUCAGGCUGGGUCGGAGCGUUGCUGUGAAGGUCCUGAAGAGCGGAGCUGGUUUCACCCAGGCAGGACAGGAUGAACUGGCUCUCCUACGAUGCGCAACCGGUCCUACGAGCCGUCGUCCCUCUAGUCAAAGGAUCGUUCAGUUGCUCGAUGAGUUCAAGCUGGCCGGGGUCAACGGGGUCCACAUGUGUCUGGUGCUGGAGCUGUUGGGGCCCGACCUGAGGAGCUGGCAGCUCUGUUUUGGGAAUCCUGGACUGGCGCAGCGUUCUGUCAAACAAAUACUGACCCAGAUUCUGCAGGGCCUGGAACAUCUUCACACGCAGUGUAAAAUCAUCCACACAGACAUCAAGCCUGAGAACAUCCUGCUGUGUAUGGAGGAGCAGUCCCACAAAGCACCAACAGGGGAGAGCAGCUCCUCCUCUGUGCUCAAUGGGAAAGAGGCCAAGUCCACAGAGAAAGGGCAGAUUAACUCCUACAGUUUAAAGGACUUUACAGUGAAGAUUGCAGACCUAGGAAGCUCCUGCUGGGUGUACAAACAUUUCUGUGAGGAGAUUCAGACCCGUCAGUACCGCUCACUGGAGGUUUUACUGGGAUCUGAGUACGGCCCGUCCGCUGACAUCUGGAGUGUUGCCUGCAUGGCCUUUGAGUUGGUCACUGGAGAUUCCCUGUUUGAGCCCAAAGCUGGCGAGUCCAUUUCUCUGGAGGAAGACCAUAUAGCCCAGAUCAUGGAGCUGCUUGGUCAAAUUCCGCCAGUUGUUGCCUUGUCGGGUAAAUACUCUGCAGAGUACUUCAGCCCCAGAGGUAAUCUUCGUCGUGUGGGCCCACUGAAGCUCUGGAGACUCUACGACGUUCUGGUGGAGAAAUACAACUUCCUGUUGGAGGAUGCCGCUGGUUUUUCAAACUUCCUUCUUCGCAUGUUGGACUUCCAUCCAGAGAGGAGGGCCACCGCUGCACAGUGUCUCCAACACCCUUGGCUGACAUCCUGUUAGCAGUCCUCACAGCGAGAUUCUGGCAGCAGAACCAUUUUGAAGCAACAAGUCCUCCAACUCAUACGACCAAAUAGGUCGAUUGUUCAAGCCCUUAUUACGACCAAAUAGGUUGAUUGUUCAAGCGCUUAUUACGACCUAUAAUCACGUUUUAAAGUUUUCGACCUCUAGUGCUCCUGUUGACUGCAAACGCUCUGGUGGGUCGUAUAUUCACAAAUAACCCUCUCUGGAAAAUCCUAAAUUGUAGGAUAGUUUGGCCAUUAAAACGCUUAGAUUUCUAGCGAGAAGUGUAUAUUGUACUUUCAGAAUCCACGUCCAGUGGAUGUGUAGGAUCUAUAGUUUGAUAGAUAUUACGAAGAUGAUUUGAGGUCUCGCCAGGAUAACGUGUAUAUGCGGUAGCUUCCAUAUAAAGUUAGCGUCAACACUCACGGGGUGAAAACAGUAUUCCCGGUCUCGAAGUUUUCAUAAUAAAACCAAUGAUCAAAUGAUUUAACAGUGAUAUCUGCAGUACUCAUCCACUAAAAAACAUCAGUUUAUCCUUUA